ACGUGGCUGUUUUGGGGAGCCGUGGUGACCGACAGUUACUCCUGCAGCGAGCGGAUCCCUGCCCUCCGCAUCUGGGACUCUGGUGAAACUCAGCGGAGCCUGCCUUCCAGUCGGCCUGGAUGGCAGGGACACACUGGUGCAAAUCCUGCAGAAACUACAAGCAUUACUGGUUGCAAGUGCUUUCUGGACCGUGGGACGGAUGAAAGGUGGAAGCUGUGGGAAGCCCAGCUGGGCUGUAGCUGCUCUGUUUAUCCCUGUUACCCUGCUGAUGCUGACCUCCGGGGGGGCAUCAGGCAGCCACAAGAUGACACAAACUUCGAUGGCACAUGCAACAGCCUCUGCUGCAGGACCGGGCCCCAGCCUGACCGAUUACCUCCAAGCAAACAUCUUAUACAGCGAACAGUUUCACGUGUGGCUCUUGUCCCUGGCGGGCUCUGUUGCUGUUGGCCUCAGUGGGAUUUUACCCCUUAUUGUCAUUCCCAUUGAAGCUGGAGCAGCCCUCAAAACAGAAGCUGUGGGCCAGAGGCUGAAGCAGCUCCUGAGCUUUGCUAUUGGCGGUCUUCUUGGUGAUGUAUUCCUUCACCUCCUCCCUCAGGCAUGGGAGCUCUCUCGCUCUUCAGCUGGUAAACACAACCACUACAUGACCCAGGGCUUGUGGGUAAUCGCUGGCCUGUUGGCCUUCCUCGUCCUGGAGAAGAUGUUCCCAGACCAAGGAAGCCACGAGGAUCCCUCAUCAAAUUCAGACAUGAAUUCUAACUCUGCUUCGCAGUCUACUUCAGCUUUCAGUGGAAAGGCAUCGGCAUCAGUCAGAAAUGGGCACCAUGCUGAGUCAUGGAAAUCCUCCAAGCAGCAGAGUCUGCAGGAAAGAUCAGAGAAAAUCAAGACCAGUGGAUACCUAAACCUACUGGCCAACUGCAUCGACAACUUCACCCAUGGACUGGCUGUAGCAGGAAGUUUCCUGGUUAGCAAAAAAGUUGGGUUCCUCACCACCUUUGCUAUCCUGCUCCAUGAAAUCCCCCACGAGGUGGGAGACUUUGCCAUUCUUCUGAGGGCCGGGUUUGACCGGUGGAGUGCCGCCCGCAUGCAGCUGUCCACGGCGCUGGUCGGUGUGUUGGGAGCUUGCUUCGCUCUGUGCGCUCAGUCACCAAAAGGCACAGAAAAUGCCACUGCUUGGAUAUUGCCUUUCACCUCAGGAGGCUUCCUCUACAUAGCCUUGGUGAAUGUGGUGCCUGAUCUGCUAGAGGAGUCCAGUUUAAGGCAGUCUCUACUGCAGAUCCUGCUCAUUUUCUGUGGCGUGGCUGUCAUGGCUGUGCUCUCUGCCAUUGUUAAUUGAACAUGGAGGAAACCCGUCUCUCGCCUUAACCAAACACUAAAACUCUGCAUUCUCCACCAACCCCUUUUUAAUCCGGUACCUCUCAUUCCUGGAAACAUGUUACACUAAAACAAAUGUCUGACAGAAGAACGUCACUUUAUGGAUGGAAGACCUUCUUGAUCUGCAGACAAGACAUUUGUGCAGACACUUUAAAAAUGUACCAAACUAAAACAUCACUGGAACUAAGAGGGUUUGUAUAGAUCUCUGUUACCAAAUUGUCUUAUAUCGUUGAUCAGACAAUCAUGUUGUUUUACACAGGUACACCUGACGUACCAGCUCAACAGAGCAGGUAUUAUUAUUGGACUCUACGAGGGCGUCCUUUUUUUAAAAUGUAUUAAACACUAAAUUGUUUAAACAUUGUAUAUAUUGAUAUUUUUCUGAUGUAGCUGCUGUAUAUUUAUUAAAAAUUAGACAAGCAACCUAUAGUUUUAUUAGAUGUGCACUACCGCCAAGCAAUCUUUUUGCCUUGUUAAGAUAUAAGUGCCAAGAAGUCGGGAUGGUCUGUUACACCAAAGUACAGUUUCUUUAUGUUUUGUAUCUUCUUCACACAGUCCAGUCUGCACCUUUUGAUCUCUGCUUGACAAAUAAUAAUUGCAAUAAAGUUGAAAUGAAUUGAUGAAAAA